AUGGCGGAUAAAAUAGUCCGUGUUUGUAUUCGUCUUGGUAUUGGAGGAUUAUUUGUGAUUAAUGCUUCUGGGGAGUUAUUUCCCCAUCAGGCUUGUAAGCAAGUUAACGCUCUAAAAGAUGAAAAUGGCAUCCUCGUAGACGUUCCUGAGACAUGCCGCGAGCAGUUUAAAGAAGUAGUCGUGAAAUUAGGUUUGAAGAACAGUAAGUAAGUAAGUAAGUAAUUUUAUUUAACCACAUAUCGCAUAUGAGCGAUAGCUCGUUUAAAUGCAAAUGUGCCAUAAAAAUUACAACGUGAUAAUUUACAUAAUCUACAUGUACGAGUAAUGAAUAAAAAUAAGAAAUAGAAAAAUUAAACCAACUAAAAGAUAAUAAUAAUUUAAAAAGAAAAAAUAUUGGUAAUCAGAUUGUCUAUUUACAAAAUUCACAGUUGCAGUCAUACGAUGAAGACAACUGUAUGUUUUGUAAGUUUUUCCUAAAGAUAGAGAGGGACUCCGACAUCCUUAUUUUGUCUGGUAGACUGUUCCAUUGUUUGCCAGCCUGGUACGUGAAAGAAUGUUGCAUAUAAGAUGAGGUCGGUCUUGGAAGAACAACCUUAAGAUGGCCCCGUAGGCUGUAACCAUUGCUUCGCAGUAAAAACAUUUCCCGAAUGUAGUUCGGUGCCUGGUUAUAAAUGCUAUACGCUCUUCUCACGUAUGGUAAUAUGCCCGUCUAACCUCGUUUUUGAGUAAAAAGUCCUUUGAAAUGCUAAUCAGACGACGUUUUCGUAUUUGAAUUUCAAAAGAAUUUUUACCCGUAAACGAGGUUAGACGGGCAUAUUACCAUAAGUGAGAAGAGCGUAUUGUAUACAAGUAUCAGUGCUUGUUCUAUGCGUCGAUGUUCCGAGCUUUUGAUAUGUACAGUUUUAAGUAGGUCUUCAUAAGCAGUCGACUUGGAGUAGUUAAGAAGAGUCCUAAGAGCAAAUGCAUUGGUUGACUCUAGUUUUGCAGACAAACCUUUACUUAGACCUAUGAACAAUGGUGAUGCGUAUUCAAAGUGAGGCAGAAUAAAUGCUUUGUACAGUUUAAUCAUAAUAUCUGAGGGUAUAAGUUUACGAAUGCGACGAAGAAUUGAAACUUUUGUGUUCAGUUUCCGAGUGAACAGAAAGUGACCUUAUUUGUGAAUGAAGGUUUUCAUGCUGUGUCUGCCGGUUCGACAUGGUUUCCUGCGGGAGCAGUGAUAGGUUUGCCAAGGUGGUAUUUGUAUCAAACUGAAGAAGAAGUUGCAACUUCCGGUCUGAAAUUUCAAGGAAGAAAUAUCCAGUGGGAUUCAGAAUUCGGAGAAACUGUGAAAUUUUGUUAUGUUCCUACGUCAGAUAUGAUCGCUUUCACCAUUGGUUACGAACUAGCACACAUCCAACGCUUAGAAUUCAAAAUGUUUGAUAUUUUUGCCUCGCCUUUCUGGUUGUUUCUGACAUAUAAAAUGAUCCGUUUUGUCCAUUAUAGAACUUUUAAAAAGCAAGCCAUGUGGAACUUACUUCUUAAUCUAAGCGUUUGUGGAGUCAACUACUUUGCUUACAGGCUUGUGAAUCGAAAGGUACAACACUUUAGUGAAUUCAAUGCAGAUAAAAUUUCUGCUGAGUGCACUCCGCAGAUAGCUAAAGGUGGAGUAGACUUUUUCACAAGAAGACUGAAACUAAAUCUUGUCCAGCGAAGUUUGCUUGGAGAAGAAGGUGAAGACUUUUUUACAGAAGAGGGCAAUGAAGUGAAAUCCUACACACAUCCACGGUUGACUGAAAGACUGGAUAAAGUAAAAUUCAUCCUUAGUAGUUCUGACUUCCAACUUCCAACUGGACUCGGAUUA